GACAAUACUCAUCACUGUUCGACACUGAUCUAUUAAUAGAAUUGCCUUCAUACACACAAUAAACUUUUGCGUUAGAAUUGAUCGUCAGUACGAACAAUUGGCCGAACAUGAACGGGCGUUCCUCGGAUUAUUUUUUCAAAUCGUUUUGCACUUUCAUUGUGUUCUUUCCCAUUCUUCUGCUUUCAUUCGGCACGGUACGUAGUUUCGAUGUGGAAUCCAUAAAAAUAGAGCAAAAUUUCAUUCAAAAAAAUCGAGUACAAAAAGAUUGGUGGCAAACAGCUGCUUUUUACCAAAUCUAUCCCCGAUCAUUUAAAGAUUCGAAUGGGGAUGGAAUCGGUGACUUACCUGGAAUCACGGAAAAACUUCCGUAUCUCAAACAAAUUGGGAUAAAUGCGUUCUGGUUAUCGCCCAUUUAUCCAUCACCAAUGGCGGAUUUUGGGUAUGACAUCUCCGACUUUUACAACGUUGCACCGGAAUAUGGCACGAUGGAGGAUUUUAAGCGUCUUGUCCAAGAAGCGAAAAAACUUGGCUUGAAAGUGAUUUUGGAUUUUGUACCAAAUCACAGCUCCGAUGAGAAUGAAUGGUUUAAAAAGUCUGCAGCACGAGAUCCGGAAUAUAAAGAUUUUUACAUUUGGCAUCCGGGAAGGAAUGUUACAGGAGACGAUGGAAGACCUUUACCUCCUUGCAAUUGGCUUUCCCUCUUUCGUGGCAGUGCAUGGCGUUGGCAUGAAACUCGUCAAGAAUACUAUUUCCAUCAAUUUCAUUACAAACAGCCUGAUUUAAAUUAUCGCAACCCGGCAGUGGUUGAACGAAUGAAAGGCGUUUUGCGUUAUUGGUUGAGUUUAGGUGUUGAUGGAUUCCGGAUCGACGCUGUCCCAUCAUUGUUUGAAGUUUCUCCCGAUGCUGAGGGAAAUUUCCCAGAUGAGCCACGGAAUUCGUGGAAUAACGAUCCAAAUGAUUGGAAUUAUUUGCAACACAUUUACACGCAAGACCAACCAGAGACAAUUGAUAUGGUUUAUCAGUGGCGCGCCGUCAUGGAUGACUUUCAAAAGGACUUUGGUGGCGACACGAGAGUUAUUAUGACGGAAGCCUACUCGGCAAUUGAUAUUGUUAUGCAAUACUAUGGCAAUGCGACACACGAAGGCGCACAUAUGCCAUUUAAUUUUCAGAUUAUCAUAAAUUUGAAUAACAAUUCGAAUGCGUAUGACUUUAAGAGGACAUGUGAUACGUGGAUGCUGAAUAUGCCGGAGGAGAGGACGCCAAAUUGGGUCAUGGGAAAUCACGAUCAAAACCGCGUCGGUUCUCGUCUCGGCACCGAUCGCAUCGACAUGAUGAACAUGAUGCUCUUGACCUUAUCAGGCGCCUCCGUUACUUUCAUGGGUGAAGAAAUCGGCAUGACUGACGUUUGGAUCUCAUGGAAAGACACACAAGACCCACAAGCUUGUAACACCAACUCCAGUGUCUAUUGGAAAUACUCACGUGAUCCCGAACGGACUCCUUUCCAAUGGGACAACUCCACAUCUGCUGGCUUCUCGAGCAACAAUCACACUUGGCUUCCCAUUUCUCCCGAGUACAAAGACGUAAAUGCCGCUAAUGAAGAAACAACCUCCGCCAAUUCGCAUCUCAAGAUCUACGAGCAACUCAUGAAGCUACGUGAGACAAAAACGCUUCAAUAUGGCACGUUGUACACGGAAUCAGUGAACCAGAACAUUUUUGCCGUCGUGCGAGCGUUAUCUGGCGACGACACCUAUAUCACGCUGAUUAACAUUUGGAAUGAGCAUGAAACUGUCGAUAUUUCGCACAUGGGCAACUUUCAGAAAGCACUAACGUACGAGAUUGUCAGUUCUAACUCAAAACAUGUCGUUGGUGAGACCGUAGACGCGCGUGAGAUCAAAUUCGAGCCAAAAGAGGCAUUUGUCUUGAAAUACAAAGGAGAGAAAGCUAAUGACGAGGAAUAUAAUUAUCGUUAUGAAGUAUUCUUCAGAGAUUAAUCGCGAUCAUUAAUACGGCGCGCAAUAAAGUGUUUUUACAAAAGAAAUUAUAA